GCACUGAUGAGCUGGCACUGAUGAUGCUGCAUUGAUAGGUGGCACUGCUGGGCAGCACUGAUGGUGGCACUGCUGGGCAACAUGGAUGGAUGGCACUGCUGAGCACAGGUGGGUGGCAAUGCUGGGUGGCACUGCAGGGCACAGGUGGGUGGCACUGCUUGGGUACAGGUUGGCAGCACUGCUGGGCACAGGUGGGUGGCACAGGUGGGCGCACAUCAUCAGGGCACUGAUCAUCAGUGCUGGGACACAGCUGAUCACGUGAUGUGGUAAAAGGCCAAUCACAGCGGCCUUUUACCACCUGAUCAGCGGUGUCCAAAGACACGCUGAUCAGAGGGAAAUGCAAGUGCCGGUUCUCGGCUGCACUUUCCUCACGCUGUCAGAUCGUGAGGAAAGUACUGCCGAGAACCGGCAGUUG